UAUAUGUAUUUAGCCGAUUUAUACGCAACUCCACACACGUCGGAUAUUUCAAUGUGUGUUAGUCACACAACAUUCAAAUUUUGUUAUUAAAGAUAUCAUAUUUCCCAAGAAUGCAUACCGUAUGUGUCAAGAAUCUAAGCACCGAAGAGUUAGAGGAAGUAAGCAAAUGGAUGAGACAGAAUGGUAUAAGUACACAUAGGAUACGUCGCGAGUUUUCAGAUGUUUUACCUUUGGCGGAAAUCUUCAAACGCGACUAUCCACGUCUGGUCGAUCUCUAUAACUAUCCGAAAAAGAGUAGUGUGCAGCUGAAAUUGGCCAAUUGGGAGACGUUCAACUUUAAGGUGUUAUCCAAGUUUAAUAUGACGUUGAGCAGGGAUUUUAUGGAGCAAAUGGCGAAUGGUGUUCAUGGUGCAGCUGAAGUGCUAUUGCAUGAGGUGAUACGAUUGGAGAAGCGACAACGGGUGGCCGUGGAGCGAAAUGCGGCAAUGCGGCAGGACCAGACGUGGGAGGAGAAUGAUGAGGUGAAGACUGUUGUGGUUAACAAGCAAGUUGGCGAUGGCAUCGUUCAGGUUCCACAAAAAAUGAUACUUUACUCGCUGUACGAGAAGAUGACACGUGACAGUCAAGCCAAGGACGCUAUUAUUGAUGCCUAUCAGCAGCGACUGGCUCACAUGGAGAGUAUUAUCAAGAUUAAAACGGAGCGCAUCGACGAGCUUCUCAUGCAGAUGGGUAAACUUCCUCAAAAGCGAGCCAAUCCUGGCAACGCAUCCACUUGCUUCUACCCAUUUGAUGGCAAGGACUCCUCAACCCGGAAGCAUCCGAGUCCCAUACAAAUGGCUUCAUCUACCGAUCCGGACAGUACGCCCUAGUGCCGCCUUCAUGUAUUCACUUUGAAAAAGUUAUUUAUUGUUAGAUUAUGCAACUAAAUUACCGAUUACAGCUGAAAUAG